CAGAGGGCAGCAGGGUUAUUUAUGCUAGGUGACAGCUACUGAGGCUCAGGCAAGACACAGACGUGAAACUUCAAAAAAGAAACAACAGGAGACCAUUUCUGUAUUAGGGAACAGGACAGCUGCUAAGAUGGAGACACUCCAGGUUGACAUGGAAACACAUUAUGCUGAGGUGGUUAUAGAUGUGGGAAGCAUCAUUUUUGGGGAGAAGGAUAGGAAGAACAUGACCAACAGUCAUUUGAAAAGGACACAAAAUUCUAAAAUCAUCCAAGCCGUAUGUGCACUGUUAAAUUCAGGCGGGGGAAUCGUCAAAGCCGAGAUUGUUAACAGAAGCUACAAUUACCGUUGUGAUGGAGUUGGUCAAGAUUUGGAAACAUCCUUUCAGAAGCUUCUGCCUUUGGCUUCACAGGAGUUCCUUGACUAUUUGCAACAAGAUCACAAUCUUUUCAUUUUUGUGAAACCCUGGAUCAUGAAGGCUGCUGGACCCCAACUACAAAUCUGUAGUCUAUCAUCAAAUAUAUUCCAAAGAGAUGUAACUUGUACUGUCAACCUGACUGCGAGUAGGGCAUUAGAAUUUCUAAAGGAGACACAAUCAAAAAUCCAAAAAGGAAGAGAAAAUCUUCCAAUGUGGCAUCCCAAGAAAGUUCUUGUGAGCAAAAUUCAGGAAGAAGAAGACAUAAGAUUGUUUGCCUCAGAAUUUUUUGAAAAAGAUCAGCUUUUGUACAAAGAAAAACUCAACUUUACUGAGUCAACUCAUGUUGAAUUGAAAAGGUUCACAACCAAAAAGAUUGUACCCAGAAUCAAAGAGAUGCUACCUCGUUAUGUUUCUGCAUUUGCAAAUACCAAAGGAGGAUAUUUAAUUAUCGGGGUGGAUGAUAAGACCAAUGAAGUGUUUGGAUGCAAAAGAGACAAGGUGAACCCUGUCAUAUUAGAAAAGGAGAUAGAAUAUUGCAUACAAAAAUUGCCUAUAUUCCAUUUUUGCUCUCUGAAGCCAAAGAUUAAUUUCACAACUAAAAUCAUCGAUGUGUAUAAUAACAAUAACCUAUAUGGUUAUGUCUGCGUGGUCAAAGUAGAGCCCCUCUGCUGUGUUGCUUUUACAGAAGACCCGAAUUCCUGGAUUGUGAGAAAUAACUUUGUUGAAAGACUGAAAACUGAGGAAUGGGUAUCCAGGUUAAUGGAUAUUGAUCCAGUUUAUCCCACUUUGGCUCAAGACAAUCACCAGUCAGCGAUUGAUCCACUGAGCAGAGCAACAUGUUCAGAAAAAGCCUGGCUACAUAAGGAGACACUGCAGCAAAGUUUGCUUUCAGUGACCCCACAGCAGAUAGGAUUCAAACCAGAAUCUCUCUGCAAGGAACUAUUCUCAGAAUAUAAUGGAUUAGAGAAGUUAAUGAAGAAGAAGACCUGUCAAUUUUCUCGGGGGAUCCUGAUAUUUUCAAGGAGCUGGGCUAUUGACAUCGGCUUAAGAAAGGAUGAUAGAGUCCUGUGUGAUGCUCUCCUCAUCGCUGUUAACAGCCCCCCAGUACUUUAUACCAUUAUCAGGGGAUCUGAUAAGAUGGAUGGGCUUGAAUAUUCCAGACAUACUGCUCUCCAACUAAAGCAGAAACUUGUCAAUGUAGGGAAUUACACUGGAAAAGUGUGCAUCAUUUCCCAGCUCUUGCAUCUGCCUGACCGUCUAUGUGGGAUCAUGCAAGUACCAUACCCCCAAUCCUAUGUUCUUGCUACAGAAUAUGAAUUGGAAGAUUUACUGCAAUCACUUGUAAUAGUCUUGCUCUGCUUUCCCUCUCUUUUAAGUGACCAGCUUGGAUGCCAAUUUUUGAAACUGCUUGUAACCGAACAAUCUAAGCUGCUUUCACAAAGCCUUCAGGAAACCAGGGAGUUAUUUAUCCUUUGUUUACCAGGAACCCGGAAAACUGCUAUGGUGAUCAAAAUCCUGGAAGAGAUUAGGAGCAUAUUUCACUGUGAAGCAAAGGAAAUUCUCUACCUUUGUGAAAAUGACCCCCUAAGAGAAUUUGUAAGUCAGCAAAGUACCUGCCAAGCAGAGACCAGGAAAACUUUCAUGAGAAGAGAUUUUCCGAAGAUUAAACACAUAGUAAUAGAUGAAGCUCAGAAUUUCCACAGUGAAGGUGGAGAUUGGUACACAAAAGCUAAGAACAUCACCCAUCCAAAAAAUGAGGCUGGAAGGAGGAACCCUCACCAAGGAAUUUUAUGGCUCUUUAUAGACUCUUUUCAAGCAAGUCAUUUGGAAGUCAGUGGUCUUCCACUUUCAUUAAUGCAGUAUCCAAGAAAAAACCUCACUCAUGAGAUCUAUAAUGCUUUAGAAAUAGCCAUGAUCAUGAAACAAGAAAUGAAGAAGAUCAAAGAAAACCAAUAUGGACGCGUGCCUCCUGAGUCAUUAGCAUUAUUUAGGGAAGAUAUGUAUGAGGAUGCUAUCCAUGAUUAUACUCUACCUGGAGUGUGUGAAAUAGAAAGAGAUCUGAGGGAGGAUGAAUUGGCAAAUUAUGUAGCAAGCAAAUGUCAGAGUCUCUUCCAGAAUGGCUAUUCUCCUAAAGAUAUUGCUAUUUUGUAUAGUAGGAAUGAGGACCGAGAACAUUAUGAGCUUAUUCUUAAAACAACAAUGAAAUCGAUCAGGACCCACAGAAUAGCAGAAGUUGAAUGCAGCAGGGCAUCUGAUGUUUUGGGUAAUUCUAUCAUUCUAGACAGUAUUCAACAGUUUUCAGGCUUGGAGAGAAAUAUAGUGUUUGGUCUUAUUCCAGUCUAUUCUAAGUCUGAGGUUCCCCAUAAUCUCUUGCUUUGCUGUGCAUCCAAAGCUAUUAAGCAUCUAUAUCUGCUAUAUGAAAAGAAGGAAGAUCUAUGAAAAAUAUUAUAAAUUAUCCAGAAAUUAAGGUUUAUUCAAACCUUUUGUUUGGGAGAUAGGAGAUAUUAUGCUUCUUGCUUUACAAAUGAAGAAGAAGCAACAAACUAUCAAAGUUGGCAAAUCAUUGAUGGAGCUAGAAAUUAAAUUAGGUCUUUCCAAUUUGUUUCUUUGUUUAUGAAAUUAUAUCAAUUUCAUACCAUUUCACCUAAAAUACUUGCAUAGUUUAAUUUAGAAAUUUAGGGUAAUUCCCCAAGGCUUUCAAACUCCUUAUUUUGCAUAUGAAGAAAAAAAAAUGCUUUGCCCAGAAUCUCAGAAUUAGUUACUGAUAGAUCUUCCCUUAGGCUAUGUUUGGAAUAGAGACUCCUGGGUCAGACCACAGCAGGAAUAUAAUGUUUAACAUAGUGUUUAAUUCAGGGUACUAUGUUUAAUCAAAAAGUUUAAAACCAGGAUGGCAAAGGGCUUUAAGAUAAUGUCAUAAGGGGGUAAUUAGAUAGUGUAGUGGAGAGAGCACCUGCCCUUCAGACAGGAGGACCUGAAUUUAAAUCCAGCCUCAGAUACUUAACACUUACUAGUUGCAUGAUUCUGGGCAAGCCACUUAACCCCAAUUGCCUUGCAAAAAAAGAGAGAAUGUCAUAACCUAUUCUAAGGCCUCCCAUCACUUGUCUCCAUUCUCCUUGCACCAAGUUUGCUUUGUAUACACUUUGUUAUAUAUUUCCUGUUUAUUUAUCUCACAUGGGUCUUCCCAAAGGAAUGUAAGCUCUUUGAAAGCAGGAUCUAUUUAAUUUUUGAUUCUGUAUCCCUGGUCUAUAGCAGGUGCUGCAUAAAUGUUUUUUAAAUAAAUGAAUGAAUGUACUUGGAAGGAUGAAUUGGAAGAAGUAGGGAUGAUUAACCUGAAGAAUAUAAAAGGGGCAUAUGAUAGCAACAAGCAAAUGUUUGAAGGAUAAUCACAUGAAAGAGGACUUAGAUGUGCUUUCCUUGAUGUGGGAGGGAAGAACUAGAAAUAAUUGGUGAAACUACAGAGAAAAAAAAAUUCAUCUCAAGUAAGCUAGACAGGGCUGGGAACAAACUGGGAAUGGAUAUCUAAAACUGGGGGUAUUUGCAUGGAAAUUAUAUUUAAGUCCAUGAGAUCUGACAAGGUUAUCAAGAGAAAAGGUGUAGAAGAGAAUAGAAUAAAGACCAGGAGAAAGCUUUGGGAAAUUACCCACCAUAGGACUUAAAUAUGAAUGUUAAACCAGCAAAGAAGCCGAGGAACAUCAGUCAGUUGAGUAAUAGUGAAAAACCCAGAGAGGAGAGACCUUAGUCAAUAAUACCAAAUCCUGAAAGAGAUACCCCUGAGGGACUUUAGGUGUGUCAGAUAAGGGUCUCCAAAGCCUGUGGUACAAAGGGAGGCUUUAGUUUUGAGCAGCAAAUGUACAUAACAAGAUAGGAUUUCUGCAGAGCUUUUCCCCCUUGGAGAAUUGUUCUCCAGAAAAAGCUUAUAGUCUAGUAGAAAGUAAUAUCCAGAAAGGCAGGGACUUUAGUUUUUGUCUUUGAAUCUCCAGCACCUAGUAUAAAGUCUAGCAUACUGCAGGAGCUUAAUAAAUGCUUGUUGCAUUGAAUGGAAUUAGCAAGUAAAUGACUGCCCUCUGGUGGAACAAGAGCAGAACUUCAGGAAGUAAUGCACAGAACAGAGACCAAUAAAUGAGUUCCAUCUGCUGGGUGUUAUAGAGAACUGCUGGAAGCUUGGCUAAAGUAACACAAGACGGGAAAAGAACCCACGGAUGGGAAAUCCAGUGGUGUGUGAGGCGAGACAACCUUUUAAGUUUAAUUGACAGUGCCAACAUUUUAUCCAUCGCUCUCUUAAGUCUAAACAAAAAUAAAGUUCUGAUUUGCAUCAUUAUUUUUGAAGAAUAAGUGCUUAUCCUGAAAAUUUACCAAUUGGUUUUCCCGAACCACUGGAGCUGCUUCCCGUAUACCACUGGAGAGAAGCAACCAAAGAACUUUACUGAAGCCAGCGAAAGAAAAGCAACACUGUGCAUGCAGAAGAUUUGGAAGAGAGACAUCACUGAGGAAGAAUAACCCCUAAAUAUCCUGAAUUAGAACUCUACUAGGUGUUCCACUGUAAGUGACUAAACCCACACUUCUGGGUAGAGGGAUGCACAUUGGUGUGCAAAUGAUUUAUUGCGGAUUAUGAUAUGAUCUUUAUUUCCCCAAAUUUCUAAACAAAUUGGUCAUGUUUUGAGCCUUGUGGACCUGUAUGCUUGUAAGAGGAAAUGGUGACUAUUUCCUGAGGUAGAAAGAAGGGAAGGCUUCUAAAAUGGUGGCAAUGGACCAGAGGAGUGAAAAGUCUCACAAAAUACAGCUAGGCUCUUUGUAUUAGGAGGCAUAUCAGGAACAUUAGCUCAGCUCCUCCUACAUAGCAGUGAUCUGACCAAGUUUAUGUCCAGAUGCUAUAGGACAUCUAGAAACUCCUAAUAGAAGCUAGAUUAACCUAAGUCUUAGUUGUCCCUGGAUCGAGUUCCCCAAAGUCACUUCGAAAAGUUGCUCAUUGAAAGAAAGUUUAGGGCAAAUAAAAAAUAGUGCUUCAACACAACAAAUAUGGAAAUAUAUUUAAAAGGAUUGUACAUAUUUGAAUUAUAUCAAAUUGCUUGCUGUCUUGGGGAGGGGAGAGAUAAGGAAAGGGUGGAGAAAAAUUUAGAACACUAAAUCUUACAGAAAUGAAUGUUCUUUGUAUGCAUUUGGAAAAAUAAAAUACUAUUGAGAAAAAAGUAAAAAAAAAA